CCGGAAACGGUAUCCGGGAUAACUGUAAAAUAAUUUAUAAUUAUUUAUUAGUUGUUUGUUAUUUUAAUCUAACUUUAUAAAAUUCAUUUUAGGUUUAAAAUUAUUUUAUCAAUCAUUGCUGGAUGCGUGUAAUGAAAGAGACAACGAGAUAACACGACUUAAUAUGGCAGAACUUGCUAAGAAGAUCGAAGAAAGUAUUUUUACUAACACUGGAUCAAGUCCUUAUGAUGUUAAAUAUAAAACGUGUUGUAGAAGUAAGCUUUGGAAUCUACGAGACAAGAGAAACUCUGAAUUUGUAAAUAAAGUUAUUAGCGGAACUAUCAAAGCUGAAGACGUUUACAAAUUGACGGGAGAUGAAAUGCUUUCUCACGAAAAAUAUUAUCAAAAGCAAUCAGAAAUAAGGAGGAUGGUUGAAAAUUGUGUCAGAUACGAAUCAGAUUUAGUACCAAUGAAACUUGAGUCAGACGGUUCAUUGAGUUCUUGCAUGUCUGGAGGUAGUGGAGGGACUGUUUGGGUUUCCCGUAAUAUGCUUGAUAAAUCUUAGUGUUUUAUAUGAUUAGUAAUGGUCUAAUUAAUAGAUGUUGCAUAUUAAUUAUAUAGCAUAUACUUAGACUCAUUGAAAAUUAGAUGCCUAUUCUUCCUUUUUUUUAUCUUUGUUGCUCUGAUUUGAAAGAAGGAUAAAAAUAAUAUAUUCAACACAUAAAACAGUAUUAAUUUUCGGAGUUAAAAUGUAUUUCAUUGAUUU